GGUGCUCUCGGAUUGGUCAGUCUUCUUAUUUGGGCGGACGUCCCACCCUUCAGCGGCUGCGGCCAGGGUGCAGAAACGAUGGCGGCUCUGACCGAUGUACAGCGGCUACAGUCCCGAGUGGAGGAGCUGGAGCGCUGGGUGUACGGGCCGGGCGGGACCCGAGGCUCUAGGAAGGUAGCUGAUGGUCUAGUCAAGGUGCAGGUGGCUUUAGGGAACAUUGCCAGUAAGAGGGAGAGGGUGAAGAUUCUCUACAAAAAGAUUGAAGACCUGAUCAAAUACCUGGAUCCUGAGUACAUUGAUCGCAUUGCUAUACCUGAGGCCUCGAAGUUGCAGUUCAUCUUGGCAGAGGAACAGUUCAUCCUCUCCCAGGUGGCACUCUUGGAACAAGUGAACACCUUGGUGCCCAUGCUGGACAGCGCUUCUAUCAAAGCCGUUCCUGAGCAUGCUGCCCGCCUGCAGCGCUUGGCUCAGAUCCACAUCCAACAGCAGGACCAGUGUGUGGAGAUCACUGAGGAGUCCAAGGCUCUCCUGGAGGAGUAUAACAAGACUGUAUCCUUUGUGCUUCGUGCUCCUUUAAUGGGUAUUCUCUUCCCUACUAUUCUCUCAUCCCAGUCUCUUCUCCAUCCUCCCCCCUCUGGGCACAUGCAAAGUCUCCGAGUCUUCCUUCAAACUCCUGUUGUCACCUUGACUUGUCACCAGACAAUGCUUCUCUCCAAGCAGUUUGUGCAGUGGGACGAGCUACUCUGCCAGCUAGAGGCUGCCAAGCAAGUGAAGCCAGCAGCAGAAUGACAGCUGCUCCCCAUGUCCCCACCAGGGGAGGUAGGCAGGCUCCAGGGCCUUCCACCAACCUGUCUUUAUAAGGCAGAGACAGCUUUGCCUCUGAAUUCAAAUACUACCUGUCUGUGUUCAACUGGGGGCUCUGAGGUCAGAGGUCAGCUUUACCUUAGGGUCAUGAUUUGUACUCCCUGUCAAAUGUAUUUAUUUCAGUGACAAUAAACCAUAGAGACCACUAAA